AUGCCUGGUACGUGUGUAACUACCAUAAAGGUCUUAGGGGUCACUCUGUUGGGCUUGUUAACCUCAAGCUUAGUGUUUACUGUCUAUGACCUGAUCCCACGUUUGAUUAAGGAGAUUUCGGUCAGUGGCGUUGAAACUUCUACAAAGAAAAGCUCAUGUAUCUCUUUGAGGCUGUUUGUCCCUGGUGUCCGUAUUUCAUUGGGUCUUUUAGGAGGAGCAAGUAGUAUCUUGUUUUCAUUGGCAUAUCUCUACUCCCCACUGUAUGCUCAACACCCAUACUUAAUCUAUGCUUCACUUGUCAGUCCAUUGACCUUUGUUGGUGUUUACUAUUUUGGCAAUGGUACUCGAUAUGAGGAGAAGGUCAAACAAGUUGUUACUGAUGUUGUCAAGAGGAAAAAUAGCAAUGAAUCCGUGCUGAAGGUCAAGGAAGCUCCAGCUGCAAAUGAAGCACAAUCUACCCCAUCAACACCAUCUGGUAACGAGCUUAAGGCUAAAGUUUCUGAAGAUGAUUUGGGAAAGUCAUAUAUUCAUAUUAGUGAUGCCUUCGAUGUUACGAGUGCCACAGCUUCUGUGAAAUCCUUAGAUGAUUAUGAAGCUGGAGAACAGGACACCCCUGGGGAAGACUCAAGUGAAGAUGAAUCUGUUUCCACACCUAAGGUUUCUAAUGUAGAGGAACAAGAAUCUGUUGACGAUGAAAUUAGACUUGUGUUAUCAGGAAAGGAAUUGGCUCUCACCUUAGGUCAAUUAAAAGAUAGUUAUUAUAUUGGCUCACUUAUCUCCGGUAUCGGGUUUGUUAUUGCAUCUGUCGGUGUCAUCGGAGAACAUUACUUCUUGUGA